AUGUGUCAAAAGGAGUGUGGCAUGUUUGGAUACAAUUCUGUGAUGAAGAAGUGCCGGACCCACAAGAAAAUCUUUACGUCUAACGUCAUUGAGGAGGCCGGCUGGAAAUAUUUCUUCAAUGAUUCUGUUCCUAUUGAUUGUAAGGAUCUCCUUGAUAAUGGUCACACUAAUACAGGAACUGGAUUGACUAUAAAAAUGGUUUCGGAACGCCUGAACAGAAUGUCUGAUGGUGCAACACUGUACGAAUUAUACAAUCAAUUUUCUGUUUCUGAUGAAGCAGACAAGUAUCAAUUAUUUCUGUCAGGACCUGCCACGGGAACGUUAGGGGACAGAAUGUUAGACACGGGGUCUUCUAGCAACGAUAUGUCCGGAAUGCCAUUCACCACCCUGGACAGGGACAGAGACAGAUGGAGUGGUGGUAACUGUGCUGCUGAAUACAGAGGAGGAGGGGGCUGGUGGUUUAACAACUGUAACGACGCCUACCUCAACGGUCAAUGGUUAAACUGGUACCAACCCUGGUAUCCGCCAUUUGAUAAUGGUGACGAUAUAGCGGAAACUAUUCUGAUGAUUAGACGACAUUAG